AUGCCUAUCAAAGACCGACCACCAAUCACAAACAAAGAGGAACUGAUAAGCAUGUACCCUGAAUGCUUUGACGAUAUAGUCGGAUGCUUUGUGAAAUGUCGAUACCAUAUAACAGUCGACCCAAAUAUCAAACCAAUUGUUCACCCACCUCGCCGCGUCCCUCUAGAACUAAAAGAGAAGCUGAAGGCAGAGUUGGACAAAAUGGAAAAAAAAGAAAUAAUCACCAAAGUGACACGACCAACAGACUGGGUAAAUUCAAUCGUAAUCAAGGAAAAACCCAAUGGUACCCUACGGAUAUGCCUCGAUCCAAGGGACCUGAACAAGGCAUUAAAAAGAGAGCACCAUCCAAUUCCAACCCUUGAAGAAAUCACACCAUCAUUGGCUGGAUCUAAAUUAUUCAGCAAACUGGAUGCCAGUAAUGGGUACUGGAAUGUAAAGAUAGACAAAGAGUCAUCCAUGCUCACUACCUUCAACACACCAUUUGGCAGAUAUCGAUUCAACCGACUCCCAUUUGGAUUGAAGGUGAGCCAAGAUCUUUUCCAGUUUCAAAUAGAUGAGACCUACCAAGGCUGCAAGGGAGCAAUCGGAAUAGCAGAUGACAUCCAAGUGCAUGGCAAGGAUGAGACCACACAUGACUUCAAUUUACAUGAAGCUAUGGAGAAAACCCGACAAGCAGGCAUCAAACUCAAUGCAAACAAGUGUGUGGUAAAAGCAAAGGAGUGCAAAUUCUUUGGAAUUAUAUACUCGGCAGAGGGAGUGAAACCAGACUCCGCUAAAGUGGAAGCCAUCAGAGACAUUAAAGAACCCAAAGACAAGGAACUCAGGAGCUUCCUGGGACUCAUCCACUACAUGGGAGCCUUCAUACCUAAACUGGCUGAUCACACUGCAAAUCUCCGAGAACUAAACAAAGAUGACGUAGAGUUUGAUUGGUGUGCUUCACACACACAGGAUUUCGAAGCAAUCAAAAAGCUCAUCAGUAAGGAGACAACUCUGCAGUACUAUGACAGACGCAAACCAGUAACACUGCAAGUCGAUUCUUCUAUGAGAGGAGUUGGCGCAGCACUGAUACAGGAAGGUAAACCCAUUGCAUAUGCCUCGAAAGCUCUCUCACCCACAGAGACAAGGUACGCAAAUAUUGAAAGGGAACUCUUGGCAGUAGUAUAUGGAUGGGAAAAGUUCCAUACAUACCUGUAUGGCAGACACUUCAAUAUUAAAACAGACCAUCGCCCGCUAGAACAAAUACAUAGAAAAAACCUCACGAAAGCACCAGCCAGACUGCAAAGAUUACUGUUAAGGCUUCAAACAUACGACUACGAUAUCAGGUUCAAGUCAGGAAAAGACAUGAUAUUGGCGGAUGCUCUUUCCAGACUAUCCUCACAUGAUAAACAGGAGAUGGAAGGACUAAGCAUAAAGGUCCACCACAUUGUAAAUGUAACAACUACAAAGCUAGCAGAAGUCAAAGAGGAGACCAGCAAAGAUGAAGAACUCCAGCUCCUUACUCAGAUGGUGAUUCAGGGGUGGCCAGAAAAGAGACGUCAGGUGCAGCCCCUCAUUCGUGAAUAUUUGGCCAUCCAUGAUGAUAUAUCAGUGGAGAAUGGAAUCCUGAUGGCUGGAUCCCGAAUAAUUAUACCCAAGUCAAUGCAAAAAGAGAUUCUUGACAAGAUCCACCAAGGGCAUCUCGGAAUGGAGAAAUGCAAGCUCCGAGUCAAGUCAGCAGUAUAUUGGGUAAGCAUGUACAAAGACAUAGAGAAGACAGUUUCUACAUGCCACAUCUUGAAGGACCUGAGAGCCAAAACAAUCACUACAGUGGCUCGAGGACUUCUAGCAGAGCAAGGAAUACCAGAGCAGAUCAUAUGUGACAACGGAACCCAGUUCACAUCGCAAGAAUUCAAAAAGCUAGCCGAUGAGUAUGGGUUCAAUAUUACAACCUCAUCUCCACACUACCCCAAAGGUCAUGGAUUUAUAGAAAGACAGGUGCAGACAGUGAAGAGAACACUAGUCAAAUGCCGAGAGACUAAGGAAGACCCACGCCUGGCACUUCUGUCCCUACGAGCGACACCACUGAGAGCUGAUAUGAAAUCCCCUGCAGAAUUGCUGAAUGGCAGGAAGUACAAAACUACCCUGCCAAGUAAGAUCCAACCUCCUAUUGACCAGGAAGAGACAAGGGCAAAGCUAGCUGCCACUCAAGAACAAUCACAGAAAUAUUACAACAAACAUGCACAAUAUUUACCUGAGAUACUUGGAGGACAACAUGUGCAUACUCAAGAUCCCGUAACUAAAACAUGGAUCCCAGCACAGGUUGUCAGUAGAGCUGAAAAUCCAAGAUCGUAUAUAAUAGAAACGGAAUCUGGUAGGCAGCCGAGACGCAACAGAGCCCACAUCCACCCAACACCAAAGGUGUCAAGGACAACGUGUACAACACCUGCUGCAUCAGUGACAACACCCACAGAAUCAUCACCCCAACGGGCACCAACCACCCAUCAGCAGACAACGUGUACAACACCUGCUGCAUCAGUGACAACACCCACAGAAUCAUCACCCCAACGGGCACCAACCACCCAUCAGCAGACAACGUGUACAACACCUGCUGCAUCAGUGACAACACCCACAGAAUCAUCACCCCAACGGGCACCAACCACCCAUCAGCAGACAACGUGUACAACACCUGCUGCAUCAGUGACAACACCCACAGAAUCAUCACCCCAACGGGCACCAACCACCCAUCAGCAGACAACGUGUACAACACCUGCUGCAUCAGUGACAACACCCACAGAAUCAUCACCCCAACGGGCACCAACCACCCAUCAGCAGACAACGUGUACAACACCUGCUGCAUCAGUGACAACACCCACAGAAUCAUCACCCCAACGGGCACCAACCACCCAUCAGCAGACAACGUGUACAACACCUGCUGCAUCAGUGACAACACCCACAGAAUCAUCACCCCAACGGGCACCAACCACCCAUCAGCAGACAACGUGUACAACACCUGCUGCAUCAAUGACAACACCCACAGAAUCAUCACCCCAACGGGCACCAACCACCCAUCAGCAGACAACGUGUACAACACCUGCUGCAUCAGUGACAACACCCACAGAAUCAUCACCCCAACGGGCACCAACACCCAUCAGCAGACAACGUGUACAACACCUGCUGCAUCAGUGA